AUGCAGACCAUAAGCCUCCAUCUUCUCGGUAUGGUUUACACAUGUAAACAAGUUCGCAUUGAGCCGGACACAUGCAACAACGACAUGAACAAGGAGAAACGACGGGCGUUUGCGGCGAAGCUCAAGCAGCAUCAGCAAGAGGGUGACUUCGUCGUGUAUUACGACGAAACGAAUUACAAUCUCUACUGCAAACGCAGCCGGGGACGUUCGAAACCGGGAACUCGCGCGUCGACCGUCCUGCCGCCAUCCAAGGGGCCGAACCUGCAAAUCAAGUGCGCUGUUUCUGCCGAACUUGGUCUUGUCUGCUAUCGGCUUGAACAAGGCUGCAUCAAGAUGGACGAAAAUGCGGCCUAUGUCGAAACGAUCUACCAAGCCGUGAAGAUGAACGCUGCAUGGCAAGACAACUUCGCGGGAAAGCGUGUUGUCAUCGUGUUGGACAACGCUCCAAGCUGUUUCAGCGUCCUCAAGUCCCGCAUCAAGGGUUACCUGGCGCACCACACAGCCGACAUGUUUGAGCGGGGUGAGUACCGCACCUUCCUUGAGCGCCGAAUGGUCCUACUCGAAGACGCCGCUCAUGAAUCCAUGCCGUGCAUCUCACAAUCGUUGGUGAUUGAGGUGUUGUUCUGCCAAGAGAAUGUCGAAUAG